AUGUUUUCCCAGUCUGGAGACCUGAUCCGAACCAGAUCAAAUGGAGUCGUGCCACACUGCAGCCAGGCAUCUGACUGCAGACUCAAUGGGCACGCUGGACCAUUGUAUAGAGGAACUGCUAAAACACUGAUAAUAGGAGGUGGAGGCUACUUUGGGUACCACCUGGGCUGUGCCCUCACCAAUGAAGACAUCAGAGUAAUUUUGUUUGACAGACAGAAGCCUACAUGGGAAAUUCCUAACAGAGCAGUCUUUAUUCAGGGUGAUGUGAGAAAUUAUGAUGCAGUGUUCAAAGCCUGCGAAGGAGUGGAUUGUGUGUUCCAUGCGGCUUCAUAUGGUAUGUCCGGAUCAGAGCAAUUAUGCAAGAAAGAAGAGAUUGAGUCAAUCAAUGUUGGAGGAACAAAAGUAGUCAUUGAAGUGUGCAAAAAAAGAAACAUUUCCAGGCUGAUAUAUACCAGUUCAGUGAAUGUCGUGUUUGGAGGAAAUCCCAUUGAAGAAGGAGAUGAAGAAACGGUGCCCUAUUUUCCACUGGAGAAGCAUGCGGACCAUUAUUCUAGGACCAAAGCAAUAGCAGAUCAAAUGAUAUUGUCUGCUAAUGGAACCACACUUAAAGGUGGGGAUAAACUUCAAACAUGUGUUCUUCGUCCACCGGGCAUCUACGGACCAGAAGAGCAGAGGCACCUUCCACGUGUAGCUCAGAACAUCCAGCGAAGGCUAAUGAGCUUCAAAUUUGGGAGUCCAAACACAUGGAUGAAUUGGGUUCACAUUUGUAAUCUUAUACAAGGUCAUCUCUUGGCUGCUGCAGCUUUAACAACAGACAAAAGCUACAUAGCUAGUGGUCAGGCGUAUUACAUAAAUGAUGGAGAGAGGGUCAUUUUUUUCAAAUGGAUAGAACCACUGUUUGAAAAAAUGGGCUACAGAAAGCCAUGGCUACAUGUCCCUGCAUUUGUCGUGCUAAUAGCAGCCACCUUGCUGGAAUAUCUGCACCUGCUUCUUAAACCAGUUUUUAAUUUUACACCUAUCCUGACCAGAAAUGAGGUGAGAAAUCUGAUGGUUACUCACACUUUUCGAAUAGACAAGGCACGUAAACAGUUGGGUUACUGCCCAAAGAAGUUCACCCUGGCUGAUACAGUGGAUCAUUAUCUGAAAACAAGACCUACAUGUCAAGAUCAAACUUUCUUCUCUGCAAUACUUCCUAGAAACACCAAGUUUGAGGGCCAUUUCUCCAUUCAGACCUAUAAAAGCCGGUCGUGA